UGCGUGACGUAAACUCCCCCGCUGUACGCAGUACACGGAAGUGCUGGAUUUCGCUUCGGUGUUUCUUCAACUGCGCCAUUUCUGGUAAAAACCCAAUGAAGCCAGUUGGACUUCGGAAGACUCCGAUAAAAAGACUUCAAAAAGCAUUCCACUGAGCUGUCAGAGCUGGGCAUAUCAACAAGGCAGUGCUCUUACUGAAAGGGAUGUACACACAGAAAUGGCUGCCAUAGUCACAACACAGAGAGAAGCGAAUCCAUUUGCUCUGGGCCUGUGCCGGAAACAAGACCCUGAAGAGAACAAAUGGAUUCAGGACUUCUGCGGUCUUAAAAUGUCCAAAGAUUACCCAAAUAAACUGGCCACAAUGGUGGAGAAGCACACGCACAUGGAAAUGCCCUUAGAGUGCCCAAAAGGGUACAGCGUGCGAAUUGCCGCACUCAAGAACACAGUCUUACGGGGAAGAAAGGACAUGAUGGAGGCUUGGCAAGAGCUGUACCUGCCUCAGUCCGAGAAGAUGGUCGUCAUUGGAGCCAUCGACAACUUCCCCUGCUUGGCUGAGGGGCUGCAGUUGAUCAUUAUGGUUGACAGCAAGGGCAACGUCUACGCCUACGAAAAUGAAGUUUUACACAAAAUAGCAUGCACCGUAGAGAAAUUCUUCACACGAAGAAGUCUAAAGUCUUCAGUCAGCUACAAGAAGGGAGGAUACUGUGUCCAGCUGACCAAAGAGGAGUUGGAGAAGUUGCAGAAGGACAAGGAUAUUCAGGAAAUUGAACGGCGCACGCGGGAGUUUGUACAAAGCAAACAGAAGGAGCUUGGAGAGAUGCUCAACUUGUUUAGGAAUAAAUAAAAUGAGUGGUGUGGUUUUGA